AUGAGGUCAGAAUUGGAAGACUGGAAACUGGCUCUGGGUCAUGACCAUUGGAUAGUCCUGAACCGACUCAGUAGUAUCACUCUGUUCGAGUUAGCCCGCCAGCCGAGACAAGCCCUUCAGACAGCCCAAGCGGCAUACGAUUUGGCCUCCUCACAGUCUGCAUCCGCGCUUGCGGCAAUUCAGGAGGCGAGAUUGAACCUUGCAAUAGCUUAUGAAGCCAAUGGAAUGAUGGAUAGCGCGGGAAAGCUUGCCAAGGAGUUUAUUCAUAUUCUAGAACAACCGUCAGACUCGCAAGCGGCGGCAAUGAGUUCGAAUUUCGCCCCAAACACAGAUCUUCAGCAAAUCAUAGCACUAGCACGAGCUCGAUCUAUUCUAGCAUCCGUCUUUGAGUCGACUUCAAAAUUACCAGAAGCUGAGAACCUGAGAAGGGAGGUUCUAUCUGAUGUGACGGAGGCACUCGGUGAGACUCAUGGUCUAUCUCUAGAAUACACGUCCCGCUUAGCUCAGCUAUUGUUUGAUCACGGCAAGAAGAAAGAGUCGCGACAACUAUUCAAGAGGGUUGAGGACAAGGCAUCCUCUUCGUGGUCCUCAAACCACGACCUAGCGCUACUAGCAAGGCAGAAUUUACACCGCGCCCCUCAUCCAUUCUGGUGGUACCACCGCCGCAGUCAUCCAGAACGGUUUCGAAAGGAGAUGAUUGAGAAUUAUCAACUUACGGUUGGUAACUAUAAUCGCAACACAAUCGCAGCCAUGGACAGUUGUGUUCAAAUUCUACUCCAGGAAUUCCGUUGGGAGGAGGCCUUGAACCUAAUGGAGCACGCAGUUGCGCUCUCCGCUUUCGCUUAUCGCGACGAUCCAAAGCAAAUUCAUAUUUACCAGGAAAACCUCAAAAAUGUUCGGAGAAUGUGUUUCUGGAGCUCUACCAAGAUUUCUCAAUGGUUCAUCAAGUAUCGUUUUGGAUACACGAUAAUGCCUUAUCAUCUCUUCAGACCAAUCGGCACCGAAGAAUUCCAGCGCAGAUACCAGCAUGCGUGGGGCCCUUUCUACAGGGUGAAAACAAUGUUUGAAGCCAAGGACUUCUAUCGCUUCGAUCCCUACAAGGAUCCCGAUCACCCUGGGAACAAUGAGAUGGUGGCCGCGGAUUAG